AUGAAGUUCGUUCUGUUCGUGCUUGCCUUCUUCGCCGUCGCCGUGGCCUGCAUUGCCGCCAUGCCUGAGAGCGCUUGCACCGUUGAACUCGGCCUUCAGUGCGCUGGUGCGAUUGCCAAGUGCUUCGAUCAGUGCAAGGCCUUCGUCCAGAACCCCUCGGCCUGCUUCGACUGCCUGGGCUCCAACGUGGGCACCUGCUGCCCCUGCCUCCAGGCCGCCUUCCCCGGCCUUCAGUGCUAA